UGGACGUGGAUCAAUAACACUACGUUGGAAACCUCCAUCAAACGACGGUGGAAUGCCAAACUCUCUAAGAUACGACGUAGCUUGUGAUAAUCAGUGCGAAUUGGAGUUUUCUCCUGGAAAAAACAACUUGAGCAAGACUGAAGUAGAGAUCUCCGGUUUGAUCAUUGGUAGAUAUUACAACUUUAAAGUGUACUCGAAGAAUGAAAUAAGUGUUAUAUAUGGGGGACUCAAUGCAGUUGCGAAUAAAACAUUUAAAAUCAACAAAAGACACAGCUCAAGAGAUGAAUUCGUCCUAAAGACGGAAUAUAAACUUCUGGCAGCAUUUACAACUCUGCUUAUCCUAGCCCUUAUGAUCGCAAUUGUUUGCAUUUUAAGACGAAAACGUCACAACCACCGACAUAGUAAAUGUGACUUCGAAGAUAACGGAAUCGAACUGCCUGAAGCAGGUCAUAAAAUGUACAUUGAUCCAAUGAACUACGUCGAUACAGAGACAGCUUUAAAGGAAUUUGCAAACGAGAUUGAUAUCGCAUCACUUGCCCUUGAGAGACAUAUCGGUGGAGGUGAAUUUGGCGAUGUUUAUAAAGGGACUUUAACCUUGAAAGAUGAAAGAACUAUUUUGGUUGCAGCAAAAACGCUAAAGCCCAAUUCUAGCGAGAAAAGCCAUCAAGAUUUCUUUAUGGAAGCAUCUGCCAUGGGGCAAUUUAAUGAUCCCAAUGUCAUCCAUCUUGAAGGAGUUAUAACGAAAGCCGUUCCAAAAAUGAUUGUCGUUGAGUAUAUGAUAAAUGGAUCUCUGGAUAAUUUUCUAAAGAAAAAUGAUGGUGGUUUCACAGCAAUCCAGUUGUUUAGCAUGGCAAGUGAUGUCGCAUCUGGUAUGAAAUAUCUGGCUGAAAUAAACUUCGUUCAUCGAGACUUGGCAGCACGCAAUAUAUUGGUUGGUGAAAAUAUGAUUUGCAAAGUUGCUGAUUUUGGUCUUUCUCGAGAGUUGGAAACGACUGACUCGUCCCAAGGAGAAUAUUUUACCCAAGGUGGUAAAAUUCCUGUGCGAUGGACAGCUCCUGAAGCAAUCAAAUAUCGCACGUUUUCAACAGCAAGUGACGUCUGGAGUUUUGGAAUCUUGCUCUGGGAAAUCAUGUCCUCUGCACAGCGACCUUACUGGAACUGGGAUAAUUUUAAAGUUAUGCAGCGUGUGGAAGAAGGAUUCCGAUUGCCGUCUCCUGUGAACUGUCCCCAAGCAGUACACGGGUUGAUGUUAAAAUGUUGGGAAAAGGAGCGAAGUCUUCGGCCUCGUUUUAGAAAUAUCCUCGUAACAAUCAACGAAUGGAUUGAAACGCCAGAGGUUCUUCAUCAACCAGCAACCAAACCUGACACAAACAAUUACGUGCAAGCUACGUGCAAGGAAUCAAAAAGAACCGUUGAGGAGUGGCUGGAUGAUAUAAAAAUGAGCUCAUAUGUGCCUCAUUUCAUAGCCGCUGGCUACGAAAAUGUCGCUGAUCUCGCCGGAUUACUGGACAAUGAUCUAAAGACGAUGGGUAUAAGCCUUGUCGGCCACAGGAACAAGAUGUUGCGAACAAUUCGAUCAUUGCCGAUUACGGAAGAAAAAAAUGUCUAACAAUUCAUUCAUGAGCAAAAUUCCCUCUCAUAACUCAAAUAUCCUCUUCAUGAGAAAAAACCCAACAGCAAUCACAAAUAGCUACAAAAGAAGUCUGCUGCAUGUGCAUUUAUCAGGAAAGUAAACCUUCCCGUUUAAAUGAAAAGUGGACUAUAACAAA